AUGGGUCUCCCCGCUUUCAAGGCCCCGACAUCCGACGAAGCCAAGUCGGCCACCACAGUGACGGACGCUGCCCCGACUCGCUCCCAUGAUGAGGCAACAGUCUCAGGCACAGGUACAGGCCCAAGUACAAGAUCAGGCUCAGGCGCAGGCUCAGGCGCAGGCUCAGGCGCAGGUACCAACACUGGUGCUGGAAUCACGCGGGAAAAGACGGCUGAGGAGUUAGAGGCCGACGCGGUGUACGAGGAGAGGAUGGAGGAGGAGUAUGCUAAGAGAGAUGGGGGUGCGUAA